AGAGAUUCAAAUGGAUUAAUGUGAUUAAGUCAUCGUUUUGAAAACCAUUACGUUUAUAUUCAGAAUGCCCUUGUCACGGAAGAAAAUAAAGGUUGGCCUUAUCGGAGUGGUCACUCUAGGUAUGGUUAUUACCUUAUUUGUAUUGGAAAGAUCGUCGACACAGCCAGCAAAUAUUGGCAUUGUAACAAAGGACAACCUCUAUGUGUUGAACACAUGCAUGCCUCCACGAUCUGAUGCAACGCCCAGGGAGGAGGUUCGUAAUGACACAGAGACUAUCUUUAUUGGACGCUCUCCUUGCUUAACACACAAUGGUUCUAAACUUGUAAACAUGCCACAAUGCCAAGCAGUCGUAACAUCCUCAGCUAGGAAACUCAUCCCCAUCGACGUUAUACCCCAGACUUUAGAAGCACUGGAAGGCAUCCACGGGAAACGCUUGGAGCUUGGAGGAAUGUACACUCCGCGAGGGUGUGCGCCCGUCCAGAGAGUGGCCAUUGUGGUGCCAUACCGAGAUAGAACCUCCCAUCUCAAGAUAUUUCUGAAAAACGUGCACUACUUCCUGAAUAAACAAGGCAUACAGUACAUGAUUAUUGUUGUAGAACAGGCACCAGGCUCCAGAUUUAACAGAGGGAUGUCAAGGAAUAUCGGCUUCGUUGAAGGUGAAAAAAUGUGUGGCUUUGACUGUUAUGUCUUCCACGACAUCGACCUUAUCCCGCAAGUAGACGCCAACGCCUACAUCUGCGACGACAUGCCACGCUUUCACUCAAUCAACUUGGAGCGCUGGAAUCACCGUAUUCCGCCCCCAGUACGAUUUGGCGGCGUGGUGAGCUUUAAGCCAGAUGUGUUUAGACGAGUGAACGGCUACUCCAACAUGUACUUCGACUGGGGAGGGGAGGACGACGACAUCUACUACAGGGUCCGUGAAAGAGGUUACCACGUAGUCAGAUAUCCGAUGAAUGCCUCCCUGUACUUGGAUCUCACUCACCCACAGAGCUGGAUAAAUCCUAGCAGAUUUAAUUAUUUGAGGUCUGGAUUGGAUCGAAUGACGACUGAUGGGCUAAACAGUUUGAAGUACAGGAGAUAUCUGGUUGACUUCAGAGGACUAUAUACAUGGAUUUAUGCCGGAAUCGACGAGAGAGAGGUACUCCAAAAUGUCCAGCAAAGACAGGGUUGAA